AUGGAAACGGAUGACGAUGCAAACGACAUUCAGCUAAUAUCAAGUAUAAGCUCACAGUUGAAUGAUGGCUUAGCCGAUGAACAGAUCGAAGAAUAUUUUCGAGCGUAUUUGGAGGUUGAAGAUGAAGAAACAAGUGUUCAUACUGGAUCGCAACUCAUAAUAGGGGACUAUUGGGCGUGGAUUACGACAAUUAGCGAUUGGAUACAAGUAUCGCGUAAUGAAUGGAGGAGGAACGACUAUCUUGUAAUCGUGCCAUGCUUGACAGUAUUAGUGGACGUUAUCAAAUUAAAGCUAUUAAUGUCUGAAUUGGAGGUUGAUGACCUUGAAACGAUAGACGCCAUUGACAGUAUAUUGGACGUCAUAAACAAUAAUCUACCAAAGAUUUGCACACUGAUGACCUUUCCACAUAUAACAGCUAUACGAAGAUUAUUAGAGUUGAUAUUACUUACGAUCAAGUCAACUGAUAAUACAUCGACGAUCUCACUCCUCCUCUCAGCUCUAAAUCCAUACACAACUUACCUCACAUCCGUCCUAACGAACUCGACGUUCUCUGUUCUGACAUCUCCAACCGAAUACACGGGAUUUUUCUUUUCUCAACGGCAAAGCGAUGAUUCCGCGUUCAUCCCUUAUGAUGCAGAAUGUUUGAAACGAGUUAUCAUGAUAUAUAUGAGAAGUGUAGAAGUGUUCUGUGAUAAACUUGGAAACGAUAUUGAUGAAUACGCUGCUAAUGAAGGUAUCCAGAAGGGAAUCAGAUGUGUGCUUGAUGUUAUUGAAGAUAUAGGCUUACCAAGUGAUCAGACAGUAGUCGAAUACGUGUUUCGUUUGUUUAACAAUAACGAUGCGGAUAUGUUUGACAUCAUGUUAAGUAUGACGAAGCUUGCAAUCAAAAAGACUCGGAAAAAGCUAGAAAUUUUGCUGUAUACUCAGCCCUCCCUUUCGCGUCUAACUAGUUGCUUCGUCACUCUUUGUCCGCCUCACGUUCUUUUCCUUCGAUUCCUGCAAUCUACUGGAUUCGAUCAUUCGAUACUGCUUGAUUUUCUUAUCUCAAACGAGACUAGAUUCCUCGAAUUCAUUGUCCUGUAUAUGAGAGAUUAUAUUGGUAAUGAUAAUAAGGAUUACAUUGAAAAUAAUGAAGGACAUGGGAAUGAGAAAAGACUGGGCGACGCUGUUAUUAAGGAUUUUUGUAGAAAUCAGGAUAAUCAUGAGAAAGGUGAAAACGUCAGCAGAUUUCUUAACAUGAUGGUCGAAUUAAGGGAAACAACGGAAUCAUUGAUGAGACGGCGGUUAUUUCCUUAUAACGCUAGAUCGUUGGUGCAAAGGAUUGCAGCUGUUGAGGAAGCGCUAAUGAUGUGA